CCGCCUCUUGGAGCUCCUGAAAGAGUGUGCAGUGUGUUGCUUUCAGCUUGUUUGAGACUGCUGUAACCUUCUACUCAGUGCUUCUACUACGGGCGCUUUCCGCUCAGAAGCCCCCGUUUUGAGAAUGGGCUUCAGUCCGCUCUGACUUCAACCGUGCCCGGGUUGCGCAAGGAACGAAUUCAGAUAUGCAAACAGGCUAAACGCAGUUCUGGGACGCGCACGCUGGUUCAAGUCUGACUGACUGACAGACAGAGAGGGACAGAGUGCUGGACAGUUGGGUCAAGAAAGCCUUUUGAUAUUUAAUCUCUAGACAAUACCUGUUCCCUUCCACCCUGGGUGCUGCACCCCCCACCCCUCCCCCCUCACAUCUCUGAUGGACCAGAGAGCGAAGGGGGGCCCAUCUCUACCUCCACCAUCCUCACUGCCUCUCCUCCCCACAGCCCCACCACAGCAGUACCCAGAGAAAGAGGUAGGCGGUGGGACGAGGAAGAGGAUAGAGAAGGAAGGAGGUGGUGCAGUACUGGAGGUGCUCAUUGAGGGGUGCUGUGGUGCUGCAGGGCAGAGACAGCUCCCAUUCCCAGGCAGAGAGAGGAGCUGCACUGAGGGCAAUGUGAGGCUGAGGAUCGGAGUCCAAACGGCCAAACGCACCAAGAAACCCCCCAGGACCCUGGAGGGCUACGAGUGUAAACCCACCAUCAGGACGUACCAGAGGCCUAGGAGGGGGAGUCAGGAGGGAGGGGGGAGUGGGCAGGGGAACCGUCCUCAGGAGGAGGGGGACGGAGAGCAGAACCAGGGGUCAGACCCCAGCACCACCAAGACCAGGAAGAUACACUCCUCUCCUCGCCUCCGUCUUCAUCAUCAUCAUCAUCAGCCCCUACAACCACCCCUCCCAGCCCAGCCAACCCUCAGACUGCGCCAGCCAAACAGCAGGUCCCUGUGAACCUGGGCUAUAAGAAGUCAGACACCCUAACGGAGAAACCAAGGCACCCUGACCCACCUGAUGCCCACAGCAAACUACCCUCACCUGCCCAAAUGGACCAGGCAACCCCCUCUACCCCACAGCUUCAUCCCCCAU